GUAAGAGAGGGACACAGUUCACACAAACUGCCACACACACACACACACACCAGCGAGACACUCAGUGACACUGCUUCUCCCUGAGGAUCACUCCCUGGAGCCUGUCUGUGUUAGAGGAUACCUGAACCUGAGACCAGAACACUGUGAGUAACCUACAAUGUGAUUAACAUUGAACCCUAUGUAAUGCAUGUUAUUUACAGUAUCUAUAACUAUAUUUAUUUGGCUGUGACCCCAAUGUAUAUUAUUAUUUACAGUAUCUUUAUAUAUUGCUCUGGUGGAACCCUGCUUGGGUUUUAGCUCGAUCAGAGCGAUCAGAGAUGACCUUAGAGAUCACAGAGAUUAGAUAUGACCUUAGAGAUCAGAGAUGACCUCAGAGAUCACAGAGAUCAGAGAUGACCUUAGAGAUCAGAGAUUGCUUUAGAGAUCACAGAGAUCAGAGAUCAAUUUACAGAUCACAGAGAUCAGAGAUGAACUUAGAGAUCAGAGAUGAACAUAGAGAUCACAGCGAUCACAGAGCUCAUUCUAUAUCUGCUAUGUGUGUAAAAGGUUCAUAUGACUGAGAAACAGGUAAACAGGUACACGGUGCUUGUUAAUAUAAAUUGAUGAAUAAUUUAUUCAUUUACAGCUCUGGUAGAUAAUCUAAUAACAUAAACCAAUAACAGGAUGUAGGCCUAGAUGACAGAAAAUCACAACAUGCAGUACUAUAUGGUGGGGGACGGAGAUGGUCAAGAUCUUAGUGGUAUUUGAUGGAAGUUGGAUUAGCUAGAAUUUGAUGGAAGUUGGAGUUCAACCAAAGAAGGAUGGAUGCUACUGUCUAACGACAAAUAUACCUAAAUGUACUCGACUAACCGGUGCCCCCGCACAUUGACUCGGUACCGAUACCCCCUGUAUAUAGCCUCGCUAUUGUUAUUUUUACUGCUGCUCUUUAAUUAUUUGUUAAUUUUAUUUUGUAUUAUUUUAUAUUGUCUUCUAGUUAUUGAUUUAAAGAAGACGCAGACGAUCAAUGUUUCUGCUAUGUGUCUUCUAGUUCUGGGAACUGGCCAUUGACUCAACUCUGACAGUUCAAGCAUAGAAUAUUCAGAGAAAGAGUUAAACAUUCCGCUUCAUUUAAUUCCCACAUGACCAUAACAUUGUUUCAUUGCUGUGUUUUACUUCACUACAUUCAAUCCGCAUAGCUGAAGUUAAGCUUUACAGCGUGAUUUAAAUGUAAAGGCAAUGUUCCCGCGUUAGCGGAGACUGCAUUCACGGUAAACGCUGCAUAUGUCGGCUCAAUCGGAAAAUACCUUUACAUUUCUAUCUCGGAAUCUGUAACGCUUCAGCAAUCCAGAUUGAAUAGAGCCCUUGGACUUUAAUGUCAUCAACAUUUACAAUGUCAUAUCAGCAGAUUCUGUCAUUAGUUCAAAAUGAAAGAACAGGGAGGGGUAGAGCAACAAAUAGAGAGGAGAGAGAGAGAGGGGGAGAGAGACAAAUAGAGAGGAGAGAGAGAGAGAGAGAAUUGGGGAGAGAGGGAGGGAGAGAAGGAAAACACGAAACACAGGAGAAGAUAACCUCUGGUAAACCCUUACACUGAUCAAACACUACAGAUAAACAAACCUGUGCUACUACAUCUAGGGGUGGGUGGCUUGUUUUUGUCCAGUGGGCCAUUGGAAUAACAACGAACAGGUUGUUCACCAUCUCGCUCUUCAAAUCAGCUUUCAAAUCAGUGACAGACUGAUGAUUUAAAGCUCCUGUCAUCAGCAUAUCUUUUAGACAGAGCUCAUGUGCUAUUUACAAAUCAAAUCCUUCCAAGAAGAUACAGUGCAGGGAGUUAAUGGGUCAACGGAAUGGGAAGGAUAAGGAACGCUGAGGUUACUAUUGGUCAUGACAGACCCUCUGUAUCUUUCCCCCGAUAGAGACAGAAACACAGAGAUAGAGAGAAGGGGGCAUAAGUUAAACUGAGGUUACUAUUGUUCAUGACAGACCCUCUUUAUCUUUCUCCCCUACUGUACUGCAGAGGCUAAUCAUCAGAAGACAGAGCUAAUCUACGUACAAGUCCAAUCCCCCAUAAAGACAGUACAGACAGUAUAGGGAGUCAAUGGAAAGGGAUAAGGAGUACAGUUGUAUAUUUAUUUAACCUUUAUUUAACUAGGCAUUUUUUAAAACCUUUAUUUAACGGUCCCUCUCAAUUAGAGACAAACCCUUUGAAUCUUUCCUCUACCAUGUCUCCUCCUGUACCUUUCUCUUCCAUGUCUCCUCCUGUACUUUUCUCUACCAUUUUUCCUCCUGUACCUUUCUCUACCAUAUCUCCUCCUGUACCUUUCUCUACCAUGUCUCCUCCUGUACCUUUCUCUACCAUGUCUCCUCCUGUACCUUUCUCUACCAUGUUUCCUCCUGUACCUUUCUCUACCAUGUCUCCUCCUGUACCUUUCUCUACCAUGUAUCCUCCUGUACCUUUCUCUACCAUGUCUCCUCCUGUACCUUUCUCUACCAUGUCUCCUCCUGUACCUUUCUCUACCAUGUCUCCUCCUGUACCUUCCUCUACCAUCUCCUACUGCAUGGGGUUUUCAAACUGGGGUCUGAGGCCACCUAAGGGUCCGCGGAGGCACAUUUUUGGGGGGAUAUAUUUGUUGUGGAAAAAUAUUGGUUUAGGAUGUUUUUGGUGAAAAAUAAUUAUUUUAUGAAUAUCGCUAGCUACAACAGAAUACCGUUGUGGAUGCAAUUUUUAUGUCUCUACAUCCAGUAUGAAGGAAGUUAGAGGUAGUUUCACAAGCCAACACUUACAAGCGUUAGCGCAAUGACUGGAAGUCUACAGGAACAGUUAGCAUGCUAGCUGUUCCUGUUCAUCCGACUCUGGGGAAGUAGAUAAAUGGCUUCAUUGCCAAAAUGUCUAACUAUCCCUUUAUUAUAGAGGAAAUUACAAUCAUUGGAGCUAAUUACAGGUUUUUUUUCUGUAUAGAAAAUUCUUAGACGGCCCGUCUAUUUGGUUGUUUUCGGAAUGGAAAGACAGUUUCAGUGUCAACUUACGAUCAAAACCAGACAGAAAGCAUUCAGAAAGUAUAUUGAACUAUAUAUAUAUACUGUAUGUUUUUUUUAUAAUACCUUCUUUGAGAACUAACAAUCAAAUAAAAGAUAAACAGUCCCAAAAAAAUUACAACAUUUUUAAAAAGGCAUUCAGAGCACAUGCCAAUUAGCUGUAAAACUGCAAAAUGGUCUCUCAGCUCCAUGCCAAAUUAGCACCCCCCCAAAAAAAUUUGCAGCUCAAUGGGAAAAUGUGUAGAAUAGCUUUACAACAGCAGAAGAAAUUCAGCUGCCAAGAUACCUUUCUAGCUAAUAGACUAUGUUCGAGCUUACACUUCCUCGUCCAAUGAACAGUGAGGAGGUCAAAAUAAUGAAACUGUCUACAAAAUCUAUUCAUUUUAAAACGUUGAUUACUACAGCAUAGAACUGCUAGAUAGAAUCCCAUAGGAGGUUUCUCUAUACCUUCAUAAAGACAGCCAACGUCUCUUCCUGGUUAUUUGUGCUUUAGAUAAGUGCUAUAACGUUUUAUUUUCACACGAUCCGGGGCUACAUGUACAAGGGUGUUUAUGUGUGUGUAUUGCGCUUUAAAAGCUACAGAGAUUAUAGUCAACGGGUCUGUAGAGGUGCUGUCUUCGUCCAUAGAAAUAUUCUAUUCUAUUCUAGUUCUACUUCAUUCUAUGUCUUUCUCCUUCAGGUUCCUCCAGCAGAACCCCUCCCUUCAUCUGGACCCGGAGGUGCCAUGGCAGACCUAGAAACAGACAGCAACAGACUUGGAGGCACAAUGGCCACAGAGACAGCCACCAGAUUGGUGCACCGAAACAUGAAUAACACCAAGGCUGUGGAGGGCAACAGCGCUCUCUCCAGUGGAGAGGUCACUAACCAUGGUGAGGAGUUAGUCGACACAGAGCAAUAACAGAAGCAACAAAAUAUCCUCCACAUCAUCAUCAUCCUCCUCAUCAUCACAGAUUGAUCAUAUCCUGUAUGUAAUAGAUAUGACAGCAGGCUAGCUACCAUAACUGAUGUUGUUUAUUUCUGUGUGCAGUGGAGAAGCAUGCUGAGGAUUUGAUACGGUGGAAGAAGCAUGUGGAGGUAUGUACCCUGAUGUCUCUAUUGCACCUGGAUGUCACUUACCAAGCAAAGCAAAGUACGCUGUCUAUAUGUGCCAACUUAUGGUAUGUGUGUGUGUGUGCCCUGUGCAGCGAGUGAAGAGUGAGGUGAUGGAUCAGAUGCAGGGGCAGCUCAGUGAUCUGCUAGACAAGGCCCUGACUGAAUCUGUCCAGACAUUCACACAGAACGGGAACCAUGGCAACAACCAUGUCAACAACAACCAUGUCACCAGGGACGGGACAGUCACCACCACUAACAACAACCCGCACAGGUUAGGACCUAUGGCUUUGAUAAUACUAUACUGCACUAUACUGCACUAUACUGUACUAUACUAUACUAUACUAUACUAUACUAUACUAUACUAUACUAUACUGUACUGUACUGUACUAUUCUGUACUGUACUGUACUGUACUGUACUGUACUGUACUGUACUGUACUGUACUAUUCUGUACUGUACUAUACUAUACUAUACUAUACUAUACUAUACUAUACUAUAAUAUACUGUACUGUACUAUUCUGUACUAUACUAUACUAUACUGUACUGUACUGUACUGUACUGUACUGUACUGUACUAUACUAUACUGUACUAUACUAUACUGUACUGUACUGUACUAUUCUGUACUGUACUAUAAUGUAGUGUACUAUACUAUACUAUACUAUACUGUAGUGUACUGUACUAUACUAUAUGUAUGACAACACCCAGUCUAGGACCUAUGUGUGAGGUAGGGCCCAGUCUUUCCUGGUCAAGAGAUGGUCGGUAAAAACACCCUAGCUACUGUUUGGUUGUGGUGUAGAUGUUUGUGUGAAAGUGAAUAGCUGUCUAUCUUCUCAUGCUGAUUUCUACUUCUGUAUUCAUUUCAGAACCCACACGGAAAAGGAUGGAAAAGUAUUUAUGGACAGACGGUCCAUUCUAGAGUUAGUUCAUUUUAUUUAGUUGUGUGUGGGAGUGGUCUUAAACUGAACCUGAUCCAUUAGAUGUAUUGUAUGUAUUGUAUGUAUUUAUUUACAUCACGUAUUUACAUAUUAAUCAACUUAACCUUGUCAUUGUGGAUUAGUUUAUUGUACCUAGAGUUUAAGCUUACCUAGAGUGUGUACAUACACAACUGAAUAAAUCCUUUUAAAUGCUUGCGCUAUCAUGCAACAUCAUUGGAUCAUGCCGACGUGUCCUGUGGACAGACAGUACAUCCUCUCUAGUGGAAUGUGUAUAAAACAUUAAUUUCAUGUCUAGUGUUUGUUUGUUUGAGCUGUUUGAGAUGAACCCCAUCAGAAUAAUGUACUACUGUAUAUGAUAGAUAGAUGAAUCAUGUGUGUGUUCCUCCACAGUGAGCUGUUUGAGAUCAACCACAUCCGGACCAUCUACCACAUGUUCAUCUCCGUGCUCUUCCUAUUCAUCAUCAGUACACUGACUGUGGACUACAUCGACCAGGGCAGGUGUGUGUGGAAAUAACGUCAUGCUGCUUGCUUAGCGAGUAGCGCUUCCUCCUGAUUCGACUGACGCUGAGGCUUGAACACAGGACCGGUGCUUUGCACACGUGACCGCCCUCCCGAAGCGUUUUAACAGUCACGUCACGCAAAAAGCUAGCUAUUCGGUUGCGCAAUCAGGGACACAUCAGACUAAGGAGUAAGUUUCACACAUCCCCAGGUGUUACAGGUGUUACAGGUGUUAGAGGUGCUACAGGUGUUACAGGUGUUAGAGGUGCUACAGCUGUUACAGGUGUUAGAGGUUCUACAGGUGUUACAGGUGUUAGAGGUGCUACAGGUGUUACAGGUGCUACAGGUGCUACAGGUGCUACAGGUGUUACAGGUGCUACAGGUGUUACAGGUGCUACAGGUGUUACAGGUGCUACAGGUGUUACAGGUGUUACAGGUGUUAAAUGUGUUAGAGGUGCUACAGGUGCUACAGGUGUUACAGGUGAUACAGGUGUUACAGGUGUUACAGGUGUUAGAGGUGCUACAGGUGUUACAGGUGCUACAGGUGUUACAGGUGCUACAGGUGUUACAGGUGCUACAGGUGUUACAGGUGUUACAGGUGUUAGAGGUGCUACAGGUGUUACAGGUGCUACAGGUGCUACAGGUGCUACAGGUGUUACAGGUGUUAGAGGUGCUACAGGUGUUACAGGUGCUACAGGUGCUACAGGUGCUACAGGUGUUACAGGUGUUACAGGUGCUACAGGUGUUACAGGUGCUACAGGUGUUACAGGUGCUACAGGUGUUACAGGUGCUACAGGUGUUACAGGUGUUAAUGUGUUAGAGGUGCUACAGGUGCUACAGGUGUUACAGGUGAUACAGGUGUUACAGGUGUUACAGGUGUUAGAGGUGCUACAGGUGUUACAGGUGCUACAGGUAUUACAGGUGCUACAGGUGUUACAGGUGCUACAGGUGUUACAGGUGUUACAGGUGUUACAGGUGUUACAGGUGUUAGAGGUGCUACAGGUGCUACAGGUGUUACAGGUGCUACAGGUGUUACAGGUGCUACAGGUGUUACAGGUGUUACAGGUGUUAGAGGUGCUACAGGUGCUACAGGUGCCACAGGUGCUACAGGUGGUACAGGUGCUACAGGUGUUACAGGUGCUACAGGUGUUACAGGUGUUACAGGUGUUAAAUGUGUUAGAGGUGCUACAGGUGCUACAGGUGUUACAGGUGUUAGAGGUGCUACAGGUGCUACAGGUGCUACAGGUGCUACAGGUGCUACAGGGGUUACAGGUGUUAGAGGUGCUACAGGUGCUACAGGGGUUACAGGUGCUACAGGUGCUACAGGUGUUAGAGGUGCUACAGGUGCUACAGGUGCUACAGGUGUUACAGGUGCUACAGGUGUUACAGGUAUUACAGGUGUUACAGGUGUUACAGGUGUUAAAGUGGUUAGAGGUGCUACAGGUGCUACAGGUGUUACAGGUGAUACAGGUGUUACAGGUGUUACAGGUGUUAGAGGUGCUACAGGUGUUACAGGUGCUACAGGUAUUACAGGUGCUACAGGUGUUACAGGUGCUACAGGUGUUACAGGUGUUACAGGUGUUACAGGUGUAAGGUGUGUUAGAGGUGCUACAGGUGCUACAGGGUUACAGGUGCUACAGGUGUUACAGGUGUACAGGUGUUACAGGUGUUACAGGGUGUUAGAGGUGCUACAGGUGCUACCAUGUGCCACAGUGUCUACAGGUGGUUACAGGUGCUACAGUGGUUACAGGUGCUACAGGUGUUAAAGUGUUAAGGUGUAGAGGUGCUACAGGUGCUACAGGUGUUACAGGUGUUAGAGGUGCUACAGGUGUUACAGGUGCUACAGGUGCUACAGGUGCUACAGGGGUUACAGGUGUUAGAGGUGCUACAGGUGCUACAGGGGUUACAGGUGCUACAGGUGCUACAGGUGUUAGAGGUGCUACAGGUGCUACAGGUGCUACAUGUGUUACAGGUGUUACAGGUAUUACAGGUGCUACAGGGGUUACAGGUGAUACAGGUGUUAGAGGUGCUACAGGUGCUACAGGUGUUACAGGUGCUACAGGUGUUACAGGUGCUACAGGUGUUACAGGUGCUACAGGUGUUAGAGGUGCUACAGGUGCUACAGGGGUUACAGGUGUUAGAGGUGCUACAGGUGUUACAGGUGUUACAGGUGUUAGAGGUGCUACAGGUGUUACAGGUGCUACAGGUGUUACAGGUGUUACAGGUGGUACAGGUGGUACAGGUGCUACAGGUGUUAGAGGUGCUACAGGUGUUAGAGGUGCUACAGGUGUUACAGGUGCUACAGGUGUUACAGGUGUUACAGGUGGUACAGGUGUUACAGGUGCUACAGGUGUUAGAGGUGCUACAGGUGUUACAGGUGCUACAGGUGUUACAGGUGUUACAGGUGGUACAGGUGUUACAGGUGCUACAGGUGUUAGAGGUGCUACAGGUGUUACAGGUGCUACAGGUGUUACAGGUGUUACAAGUGUUACAGGUGCUACAGGUGUUACAGGUGUUACAGGUGUUACAGGUGCUACAGGUGCUACAGGUGUUACAGGUGUUACAGGUGUUACAGGUGUUACUUGUGUUACAGGUGUUACAGGUGUUAAAUGUGUUAGAGGUGCUACAGGUGUUACAGGUGUUACAGGUGUUACAGGUGCUACAGAUUAGAGCCAAGUCCCUGGGUAUGGAUUAGAGCCAAGGGCCUGGGUACAGAUUAGAGCCAAGUCCCUGGGUACAGAUUAGAGCCAAGUCCCUGGGUACGGAUUAGAGCCAAGUCCCUGGGUAUGGAUUAGAGCCAAGGGCCUGGGUACAGAUUAGAGCCAAGUCCCUGGGUACGGAUUAGAGCCAAGGGCCUGGGUACGGAUUAGAGCCAAAGGCGUCCGCAUACAUAGGUUCGGUUUGCUCCUAGCAGAACUCGGCUAUGCGAAGCAACCAUCUGUGAUCGCAUACUCCCUAAAGACCUUCGCUUGAAAAACAGCAAUAUUACUGUUGUUUGUCCCUCUUGAGCCACUGUAGCAACAACAUAGCCAGAAACACUUCCUCAAAAUAGUCCAAAUUAAUCUAAGGUAAAUCAAGAAAUCUGUCAAUAGUUCUUAAAUUUUUUUGCCGAGGAGGUCUUAGUCUUGCAAUUUUACAUUUAGCUAAUAUGUUUGCUGCAGUAUUUCUCAAGUAAGAAAAUGUGCAUAAAAAAAUCAAACUUGGCAUCUCUCGUGGAAUGACAAAAAACACUUAAUGUUCCCACUCCUACUAGGAGUAGUACUGUUGACCAAUCACUGACAAACGGGCGUAGACUUCGACUACCGAACUUCGACUUGCCUCAAGAAAAAAAAAAUUGUGCACAAACAGCCGGAAAAAAACCUGCCAAAGACCAAAACUAACAAAAAAACGUCACUACAUUGUGUCUUGAUAUAUGCGCAAACUGUUUCAACUGGGAAGCAUAUGGUAAGCUUAAGAGUUUACUCAGGUUUUUGAAGCAUCCAUUCUAUUAUAUUUGCAUAUAUUCUAUUCAAUUCUAUCCCCAGGCUGGUGCUGGAGUUUGACCUGUUGUCCUAUGCUUUUGGGAAGCUACAUACUGUAGCUUGGUCCUGGCUGUUGAUGUUCAGCUACACGUUGGCCGUGCCCUACUAUGCCCUGGCUCUCUGGGGGGCUCUCUACCACCGCAGCCCACUACAGGUGGUACUGUCGGUGGGCGCUGGGCUGGUGCUCUCCGCCAUGCAGACCGCUGUACUGGGGGUAUUCCCUAUAUACGUGGUCUUUAACUACCAGCUGCCUCCAGCCUCACGAUUCAUCAUCAUACUAGAACAGGUAUGGAUCAUAUUUUGUUUUAUUGUAUAGUAAAGUCACCAGUAUGAAAUACAGAAUUACUAGAAGAGGUAUGGAUGGAUCUGUGUACCUACAGUGGUGUGUGGUGGAGAUCUGUCUGAUAGUGGUGUGUGGUGGAGAUCUGUCUGAUAGUGGUGUGUGGUGGAGAUCUGUCUGAUAGUGGUGUGUGGUGGAGAUCUGUCUGAUAGUGGUGUGUGGUGGGGAUCUGUCUGACAGUGGUGUGUGGUGGAGAUCUGUCUGAUAGUGGUGUGUGGUGGAGAUCUGUCUGAUAGUGGUGUGUUGUGGAGAUCUGUCUGAUAGUGGUGUGUGGUGGAGAUCUGUCUGAUAGUGGUGUGUGGUGGAGAUCUGUCUGAUAGUGGUGUGUGGUGGGGAUCUGUCUGACAGUGGUGUGUGGUGGAGAUCUGUCUGAUAGUGGUGUGUGGUGGGGAUCUGUCUGAUAGUGGUGUGUGGUGGAGAUCUGUCUGAUAGUGGAAAGUUGAGUAAAUAAGUAAAGACAAUGAUGAAUAUAGACACGAGGAAACAACUUAAAACAAGUAACAACAAUAUCUCAUAUUAUAUGAGUAAAAGUAGGGAACUGGCACAUGCUUUUUGAGGCACUGCUGCUUGAUGUGGCAGUGUUUGUAUUUAUCUGGAAUGGACACGUCCCAUCGCUGCUUGAUGUGGCAGUGUUUUGUAUUUCUCUGGAUUGGACACGUCCCAUCGCUGCUUGAUGUGGCAGUGUUUGUAUUUAUCUGGAUUGGACACGUCCCAUCGCUGCUUGAUGUGGCAGUGUUUGUAUUUAUCUGGACUGGACACGUCCCAUCGCUGCUUGAUGUGGCACUGUUUGUAUUUCUCUGGAUUGGACACGUCCCAUCGCUGCUUGAUGUGGCAGUGUUUAUAUUUCUCUGGAUUGGACACGUCCCAUCGCUGCUUGAUGUGGCAGUGUUUGUAUUUAUCUGGAUUGGACACGUCCCAUCGCUGCUUGAUGUGGCAGUGUUUAUAUUUCUCUGGAUUGGACACGUCCCAUCGCUGCUUGAUGUGGCAGUGUUUAUAUUUCUCUGGAUUGGACACGUCCCAUCGCUGCUUGAUGUGGCAGUGUUUGUAUUUCUCUGGAUUGGACACGUCCCAUCGCUGCUUGAUGUGGCAGUGUUUGUAUUUCUCUGGAUUGGACACGUCCCAUCGCUGCUUGAUGUGGCAGUGUUUGUAUUUAUCUGGACUGGACACGUCCCAUCGCUGCUUGAUGUGGCAGUGUUUAUAUUUCUCUGGAUUGGACACGUCCCAUCGCUGCUUGAUGUGGCAGUGUUUAUAUUUCUCUGGAUUGGACACGUCCCAUCGCUGCUUGAUGUGGCAGUGUUUAUAUUUCUCUGGAUUGGACACGUCCCAUCGCUGCUUGAUGUGGCAGUGUUUGUAUUUCUCUGGACUGGACACGUCCCAUCGCUGCUUGAUGUGGCAGUGUUUAUAUUUCUCUGGAUUGGACACGUCCCAUCGCUGCUUGAUGUGGCAGUGUUUAUAUUUCUCUGGAUUGGACACGUCCCAUCGCUGCUUGAUGUGGCAGUGUUUAUAUUUCUCUGGAUUGGACACGUCCCAUCGCUGCUUGAUGUGCCAGUGUUUAUAUUUCUCUGGAUUGGACACGUCCCAUCGCUGCUCUGCUCCUCUUAUCUCCACACUGACACUGUCAAUAAAAAAAAGGUUGCUUAAUAAUUCAGCUGGAUGACUAGCUUGGUAAUUUGUUAUCUUUUUUUAUAGAGCACUUUAUAGAAUUGGCAGGAGAAUAUAUGAGACUUUGGAUGCAGCAACCAGACCUGGGUUCAAAUACUAUUUUAAAUCAUUUCAAAGACUUUAGCUGAACUGGAUUGAGCUUAAGUGGUGCAAAGGAACCAAUAGAAUAGUUAAAAAAGAGCAAACCUUGCCCAUCUGGCACUCCAGGCAGACUAAAGCAAAGGAAGUAUUUGAAAGAUUUCAAAAACUAUUUGAACCCAGGUGUGGCAGUAACUCUCUCAAGGACAAUUCUCUUCCAAUUGCUUGAUUUCUCUAAGGGUGUGGAGGUUAAUGUGACAAGUUACAGUUAUUCAUUGGUCAUAAUGUCCUUGAUUAGUUUUAUUGCCAUAGUUGGCUCCGUUUUCCUUUUAUAAUGUUUACAUGUUGUCUCUCUCCCCUGUUCAGAUCCGUUUCCUGAUGAAAAGCUACUCUUUCAUCCGAGAGAACGUCCCAGUCGUCCUAAAACACAAGACAAAGGAAGGUAAUGUAGUGUAAUAUAAUAUAAUUUAGGUAAUGACACAGAAACUACCACCCAAUGACGAUUUAAUUUCUAUUUGAGUCAUUCAGUGCAUUCAACUGACCAUGAUGAGUUAAAUUGUCAUUAUAGUGUCAGUGACACUGUACAGUCAUCAUGUACCAAUACCUCAAGACCUUGUCUGAAGCGUUUAUUGAGGUGACAUAUAGAACCUCAGAACCUUGUCUAAAGUUAUGUUUAUAGAGGUGACAUAUAGAACCUCAGAACCUUGUCUAAAGUGUUUAUAGAGGUGACAUAUAGAACCUCAGAACCUUGUCUAAGGUUAUGUUUAUAGAGGUGACAUAUAGAACCUCAGAACCUUGUCUAAAGUUAUGUUUAUAGAGGUGACAUAUAGAACCUCAGAACCUUGUCUAAAGUUAUGUUUAUAGAGGUGACAUAUACAGUACUAGUAAAAAGUUCGGACACACCUAUUCAUUCAAGGGUUUUUCUUUAUUUUUUUUACAAUUUUCUACCUUGUAGAAUAAUAGUGAAAACAUCAAAACUCAUAUGGAAUCAUGUAGUAACCAAAAAAGUGUUAAAAACAUCAAAAUAUAUUUUAGAUUUUUCAAAGUAGCCACCCUUUGCCUUGAUGACAGCUUUGCACACUCUUGGCAUUAUCUCAACCAGCUUCACCUGGAAUGCUUUUCCAACAGUCUUGAAGGUGUUCCCACAUAUGCUGAGCACUUGCUGGCUGCUUUUCCUUCACUGUGCGGUCCAACUCAUCCCAAACCAUCUCAAUUGGGUUGAGGUCGGGUGAUUGUGGAGGCCAGGUCAUCUGAUGCAGCACUCCAUCACUCUCCUUCUUGGUAAAAUAUCCCUUACACACCCUGGAGGUGUGUUGGGUCAUUGUCCUAUUGAAAAACAAAUGAUAGUCCCACUAAGCCCAAACCAGAUGGGAUGGCAUAUCACUGCAGAAUGCUGUGGUAGCCGUGCUGGUUAAGUGUGCCUUGAAUUCUAAAUAAAUCACAGACAGUGUCACCAGCAAAGCACCCCCACACCAUCACACCUCCUCCUCCAUGCUUCACGGUGGGAACUACACAUGCGUAGAUCCUCCGUUCACCGACACUGCGUCUCAUAAAGACACGGCGAUUGGAACCAAAAAUCUCCAAUCUGGACUCCAGACCAAAGGACAGAUUUCCACCGGUCUAAUGUCCAUUUCUCGUGUUUCUUGGCCCAAGCAAGUCUCUUCUUAUUAUUGGUGUCCUUUAGUAGUGGUUUCUUUGCAGCAAUUUGACCAUGAAGGCCUGAUUCACUCAGUCUCAUCUGAACAGUUGAUGUUGAGAUGUGUCUGUUACUUGAACUCUGUGAAGCAUUUAUUUGGGCUGCAAUUUAUGAGGCUGGUAACUCUAAUGAACUUAUCCUUUGCAGCAGAGGUAACUCUGGGUCUUCCUUUCCUGUGCCAGUUUCAUCAUAGCGCUUGAUGAUUUUUGUGACUGCACUUGAAGAAACUUUCAAAGUUCUUGAAAUGUUCCGUAUUGACUGACCUUCAUGUCUUAAAGUAAUGAUGGACUGUCAUUUCUCUUUGCUUAUUUGAGCUGUUCUUGCCAUAAUAUGGACUUGGUCUUUUACCAAAUAGGGCUAUCUUACCACCCCUACCUUGUCACAACACAACUGAUUGGCUCAAAUGCAUUAAUAAGGAAAGGAAUUCCACAAAUGAACUUUUAACAAGGCACACCUGUUAAUUGAAAUGCAUUCCAGGUGACUACCUCAUGAAGCUGGUUGAGAGAAUGCCAAGCGUGUGCAAAGCUGUCAUCAAGGCAAAGGGUGGCUAGUUAAAGAAUCUCAAAUAUAGAAUAUAUUUUGAUUUGUUUAACACUUUUUUGGUUACUACAUGAUUCCAUAUGUGUUUGAUGUCUUCACUACUAUUCUACAAUGUAGAAAAUAGUAAAAAUUAAGAAAAACCAUUGAAUGAGUAGGUGUAUCCAAACCUUUGACUGGAACCGUACAGUAGAACCUUAGGGCCAGGAUUAUUUCCUGACCAUGUGGCCUGACCAAGAUAAACUAGGCCCUAUAUUGAUAUGACAUCACUGAUAUUUGACAUCACCUCAAUAGACAAUACUGCUUGACUAAUGACAUCAUUGUGUUUCUCAGGAGAGGGUCCCAGGUUCCCAACGUUCUCCAGCUACCUCUAUUUCCUUUUCGCUCCCACCCUCAUCUAUAGAGAGUCUUACCCCAGAAACCCACACAUUAGAUGGAACUAUGUUGGCAUAACCUUCGCUAAGGUACGCUAUUUUUCUACUUUUAAUCUUAAUGAUAGAUUGUCUGCAUUAUUAACCAAAUAGCGCUGCAGAUAUACACUUCCUGUUUUAGGCUAUUUUAAAAUAAUCAGUGAACAUAUUCACCCUAAUAAUAAAUAGUUGAUUGGAUUUUAUACUGUACAGUGUUUUAUCCAGAGCCCAAAUUGCUUUAUAUAUUAAGGGAGAGACUCCACUUAUAUGCCCUCUGUUGGUAGAGGUGUUGAAUGCAGCCUGUGGCUCAGUAUUGUUCCAGGAGCAGGUCAUUGACCUACCAGUAGAGUUCAGGUCUCCAAGGUAUGCUAUAGUUUAACUGUUAUCUUUCAUCUCAUCAGUAUGUACAGUAUGUUAUUGUGUAUACUGUGUCCCAUUUAUUGUCUUUAUGAUUCUGAACUCUGGACAGAUUCCUCUGCCAUGGUUAGCCAUGGGAAUUGGCAAGACCGCACAAAACAGAUCUGGUACCAGGCUUGCCAUGGCUGACUUUUCCAUUUACCCUCAACCUGUAUCCCUCCCGUCCUUCACACAGAUUCUGGGCUCGCUGUUCUAUGGUUACUUUAUCCUGGUGAGACUGUGCAUCCCUGUCUUCAUGAAUGACAGCAACACGCCUUUCAGCACCAGAACACUGGUCCUAGCCCUUUUCCAUGCUACACUUCCAGGUAAUUCAUCAGUCAAAUGUAUAUAUAAAGCCACAUCAGCAGUAGAAUGUAUUCUAACUGGGAGGUGUGAACUGUAGUGCCCUUAUGGUAUUUGCACUUUUUUACCUUUAUUUAAGGAGGAAAGACCUCAUCCAAUGUGAACGAAUCAGGUUGUAGACCCAGAAUGUACUAGACAGAAGGCUUACUGACACAGUUCUAGUUUGUUAGGUUAGAGGUUGAAGGUCAAAGUUUGUUUUUCCAGGUCAAACCUAAAUGUAUUUGUCACAUGCUUCGUGAACAACAGGUCUAGACUAACGGUGAAAUAUUUACCGACAAUGCAGAGAGAAAGAACAUAGAUAAAUAAUAGAAAGGUUAAACACUUAAUAAUAAAAGUGAUAAUAGAUACACAGUGAGUAACGAUAACUUGGCUAUAUACACGGGGUACCAGUACCGAGUCCAUGUGCAGGGGUACGAGGUCAUUGAGGUAGAUAUGUACAUAUAACUAGGAAUAUAGUGACAGAUAGUAAACAGCAGCAGCAGAGUAUAUGAUGAGUCAAAAUAAUUAGUGCAAAAAGGGUCAAUGCAGAUAGUUAAAUAGUUAACCAAAUAGCUAGCCUAACUACAUUUUACAUUUUAGUCAUUUAGCAGAAGCUCUUAUCCAGAGCGACUUACAGUUAGUGAGUGCAUACAUUUUCAUACUGGCCUCCCGUGGGAAUCGAACCCACAACCCUGGCGUUGCAAGCGUCAUGCUCUACCAACUGAGCAACACGGGGGGAACUAUUUAGCAGUCUUAUGGCUUGGGGGUAGAAGCUGUUCAGGGUCCUGUUGCUUCCAGACUUGGUGCAUCGGUACCACUUGCCGUGCAGUAGCAGAGAGAACCGUCUAUGACUUGGGUUACUGGAGUCUUUGACAACUUUUAGGGCCUUCUUCUGACACCGCCUGGUAUAGAGGUCCUGGAUGGCAGGGAGCUCGUCCCCAGUGAUGUACUGGGCCGUACGCAUUACCCUCUGUAGCACCUUGUGGUCGGAUGCCAAGCAGUUGCCAUACCAAGCGGUGAUGCAACCAGUCAAGAUGCUCUCAAUGGUGCAGCUGUAGAACUUUUUGAGGAUCUGAGGUCCCAUGCCAAAUCUUUUCAGCCUCCUGAGGUGGAAGAGGCGUUAUCGUGCCCGGACCUUAGUGAUGUGGACCCAGAGGAACUUGAAUCUCUCGACCCGCUCCACUACAACCCCGUCGAUGUGAAUGGGGCCGUGCUCGGCCCUCUGUUUCCUGUUGUCCAUGAUCAGCUCCUUUGUCUUGCUGACGUUGAGGGAGAGGUUGUUUUCAUGGCACCACACUGCCAGGUCUCUGAUCUCCUCCUUAUAGGCUGUCUCAUUGUCGUUGGUGAUCAGGCCUACCGCUGUCAUGUCGUUGGCAAACGUAAUGAUGGUGUUGGAGUCGUGCCUGGCCAAGCAGUUGUGGGUGAACAGGGAGUACAGGAGGGGACUAAGCACACACCCCUGAGGGGCCCCCGUGUUGAGGGUCAGCGAGGCGGAUGUGUUGUUGCCUACCCUCGCCACCUGGGGGCGGCCCAUCAGGAAGUCCAGGAUCCAGUUGCAGAAGGAGGUGUUCAGUCCCAGGGUCCUUAGCGUAGUAAUAAGCUUUGUGGGCACUAUGGUGUUGAACGCUGAGCUUUAGUCAAUGAACAGCAUUCUCACAUAGGUGUUUCUCUUGUCCAGGUGGGACAGGGCAGUGUGGAGUGCAAUUGGUAUUGCGUCAUCUGUGGAUCCAGUGUUUGGGAUGAUGGUGUUGAUGUGAGCCAUAACCAGCCUUUCAAAGUAUUUAAUGGCUACAGAUGUGAGUGGUAUGAGGCGAUAGUCAUUUAGACAGGUUACCUUGGUGUUCAUGGGCAGAGGGACUAUGGUGGUCUGCUUGAAACAUCUAGGUAUUGCAGACUGGGUCAGGGAGAGGUUGAAAAUGUCAGUGCAUGCUCUGAGUACGCGUCCUGGUAAUCCGUCUGGCCCUGCGGCCUUGUGAAUGUUAACCUGUUUAAAGGUCUUACUCACAUCGGCUACGGAGAGCGUGAACAGCUGGUGCUCUCAUGCAUGGUUCAGUGUUGCUUGCCUCGACGCUAGCAUAGAAGGCAUUUCGUUUGUCUGGUAGACUUGCAUCACUGGGCAGCUCGCGGCUGGGUUUCCCUUUGUAAUCCAUUAUAGUUUGCAAGCCCUGCCACAUCCGACGAGUGUCAUAGCCGGUGUAGUAAGAUUCGAUAUUAGUCCUGUAUUGACACUUUGCCUGUUUGAUGGUCGUCAGAGGGCGCAGCAGGAUUUCUUAUAAGCGUCCAGAUUAGUUUCCCGCUCCUUGAAAGUGGCAGCUCUAGCCUUUAGCUCAGUGCGGAUGUUGCCUGUAAUCCAUGGCUUCUGGUCGGGACAUGUACGUACGGGUCACUGUCGGGAUGAUGCUGUCGAUGCACUUAUUAACGAAGUCGGUGACUGAUGAGGUAAACUCCUCAAUGCCAUCGGAUGAAUCCCAGAACAUAUUCCAGUCUGUGCUAGCAAAACAGUCCUGUAGCUUACCAUCCGCUUCAUCAGACCACUUCCGUAUUGAGCGCGUCACUGGUACUUCCUGUUUGAGUUUUUGCUUGUAAGCAGGAAUCAGGAGGAUAGAAGUAUGGUCAGAUUUGCAAAAUGGAGGGCGAGGGAGAGCUUUCUAUGUGUUUCUGUGUGUGGAGUAAAGAUGAUCUAUAGUUUUUUCGCCUCUAGUUGCACAGGGGGACAUGCUAGUAGAAAUUAGGUAAAAGGGAUUUCAGUAUUUCUGCAUUAAAAUCACUGGCAACUAGGAUCGCCACUUCUGGAUGAACAUUUUCUUGUUUGCUUAUGGCCAUAUAUAGCUCGUUGAUUGUGGUCUUAGUGCCAGCAUCGGUCUGCGGUGGCAAAUAGACAGCUACAAAAACGAUAGAUUAAAACUCUCUUGGUAGAUAGUAUGGUCUACAGCUUAUCAUGAGGUAUUCUAACUCAGGCGAGCAGAACCUUGGAUAUUCGAGAUCGAGCAUCAGCUGUUGUUAACAAAGAGACACACACCUCCCCCCUUGAGUUUACCCGACGCUGCCGUUCUGUCCUGCCGAUGCAUAGAAAAACCAGCUAGAUGUAAAUUAUCCAUGUCCUUGUUCAGCCACGACUCAGAGAAACAUAGGAUAUUACAGUUAUUCAGGUCCCGUUGAUAGGAUAGUCUCGAAUGAAGCUCGUCCAGUUUUUUUCUCCAGUGAUUGUACUUUCGCCAGUAGAAUGGAGGCUAGAGGCGGUUGUACUUGCCAACGUAGUUUCGUCAGGGUCUUCUAUUACACCGCCUUUUUCUUUUUAGAGUCUCUGGGAUUAGGGCCUGGUCCGGGGUGAGUCUCUAGGGAUUAGGGCCUGGUCCGGGGUGAGUCUCUGGGAUUAGGGCCUGGUCCGGGGUGAGUCUCUGGGAUUAGGGCCUGGUCCGGGGUGAGUCUCUGGGAUUAGGGCCUGGUCCGGGGUGAGUCUCUGGGAUUAGGGCCUGGUCCGGGGUGAGUCUCUGGGAUUAGGGCCUGGUCCGGGGUGAGUCUCUGGGAUUAGGGCCUGGUCCGGGGUGAGUCUCUGGGAUUAGGGCCUGGUCCGGGGUGAGUCUCUGGGAUUAGGGCCUGGUCCGGGGUGAGUCUCUGGGAUUAGGGCCUGGUCCGGUGUGAGCAGUAUGUCCUGCGCCUCCGACUCGUUGAAGUAGACAUUUUCAUCCUAAUCUCCCCAUCCUCCCUCUCCCCCAUCCUCCCUCUCCCCCUUCUCCUCCCUCUCUCCCCCCUCCUCUCCCCCACUGUUCUGAUGUCCAGAAGCUCUUUUCGGUAAUAGGAUCAUCAGCGCAAAAAAACCACACAAAAUAGCAGAAUUGUUCAGGAGCCCGUAAAACGGCUGCUAUACAUUGAUCAUAUAGAUCUACAGGUGAUCCAUUUACUAUGAAUGACAGGGAGGGUGUCUCCCAGAGAGAUAAAACACUGUUCUAUAUCUAUGAUGUCUCCAGUCUAUUCCCUAAUAUGUGAUAGGAACUAGCAUUACAAUGAGAUAACAGCACAAUGCAAAUAGCAUUAAUACAACCUCUGAGUUUAUGGUUGUGUUGUGACCUGAUGUGUCAGUAGGUUGUCGUGUUUCUUACUGUGAGGUAAGUAGACAAGUCAGAUAAAUUGUUGGGUUACUUGAGUGCGUUCUGAUAGGGGGUGGUAAAUCUCUUUCUCUCUCUCCCCCUCCUCUCCCCAUCCUCCAUCUCCCCUUUCUUCUCCCUCUCUCCCCCCUCUCCUCCCAGGUAUGUUGAUGCUACUGCUGGCGUUCUAUGCCUUCCUCCACUGCUGGCUAAACGCCUUCGCUGAGAUGCUACGCUUUGCAGACAGGAUGUUCUAUAAGGUAUAACUUAUUGUUUUCACACACUCUCACACACACACACACACACACAUACACACAAACACAAACACACACACAGGAACACACACACACACAUAGUCUACAUGUAAUACCUCUGUAAGACACUGUUUAUUGGUUAUAAUCAGACCAAUCGCGUAGAAAAAAGGUGUUUAAAAUGGCGUAGAACCAAAUCAAAAAAAAUGUUCAUUAAUUUGUUCUGCAGGACUGGUGGAACUCGACGUCGUUUGCCAAUUACUACAGGACCUGGAACGUGGUGGUUCAUGACUGGCUUUACUACUACGGAUACAGAGAUUUUCUCUGGGUAACUAUCUCCCUAAAUCUCUCCCUAAACAUAGCCCCAAAUCUCAUACAGACCCACUGUAGCCAAGUUCCUGGGUUAGCGUCAAAAACAGAAUAUUCAAGAGAUAAAAAAAAUCCAGAGAUGAAAUGGGAUUGACCGUCCACAACCCUGUUAAACCCUGCUUGUAAAAAAGAGCUGACCUACUCUAACACUUAAAAGGCUUAAAAAAAAACGAGAACUGUGAUGAAAAGGUUCAAAAUGACUUAAAACUGCAGAGCAAAUAAAGCCAUUGGCAGUAUAAACAUCACCUUGCUUGGAGAACUCCCCAGAUACAGUUGACACACAUGUUAAAAAAGUCCCUUCAAUUAGGUAAAAGCAUGUGCAACUGUGUCAAAAUGAACAACCAAUGAGCAAUGGUGGAAAAAGUACCCAAUUGUCAUACUUGAGUAAAAGUAAAGAUACCUUAAUAGAAAAUGACUCACGCAAAAGUGAAAGUCACCCAAUAAAAUACUGCUUGAGUAAAAGUCUAAAAGUAUUUGGUUUUAAAUAUACUUAAGUGUCAAAAGUAAAUGUAAUUGCAAAAAUAUACAUUAGUAUCAAAAGUAAAAGUAUAUAAAUAAUUUCAAAUUGCUUAUAUUAAGCAAACCAGACGGCACAAUUUUCUUGUUUUUGUUAAUUUACGGAUAGCCAGGGGCACACUCCAAAACUCAGACAUCAUUUAUAAACUAUGCAUUUGUGUUUAGUGAGUCCACCAGAUCAGAGGCAGUAGGGAUGACCAGGGAUGUUCUCUUGAUAAGUGCAUGAAUUUGACAAUUUUCCUGUCCUGCUAAGCAUUCAAAAUGUAAUGAGUACUUUUGGGUGUCAGGGAAAAUGUAUGGAGUGAAAAGUACAUUAUUUUCUUUAGGAAUGUAGUGAAUCAAAAGUAAAAGUUGUAAAAAAUUUAAAUAGUAAAGUAAAGUACACCCCAAAAAACUACUUAAGUAGUACUUUAAAGUAUUUUUACUUAAGUACUUUACAAGACUCCCAAUGAGAACACAGUAGCAAUUACAAGACAAUUAGCAGUUGGGUGUGUGCAAUUGGAAAUUAGCGCAGGCACAGAUGAUCCACUUUACGUAUUGACCAGAUACUCUAGUGGCCGCUCUAAAAAAUGAAAAUAAAUGUUUUAAAAAAUGGAAGGCAGUCGGGAGAAGGCAAGAUCAGGUGGGACCAUUCUGGCCAAUGAGAGGGCAGAUACGUGUGUAAACGUAUCUCUCACGUCACCCCACUCCUCCGUACACUCCACUGGCUUCCAGUUGAAGCUCGCAUCUGCUACAAGACCAUGGUGCUUGCCUACGGAGCUGUGAGGGGAACGGCACCUCCUUACCUUCAGGCUCUGAUCAGUCCCUACACCCAAACAAGGGCAUUGCGUUCUUCCACCUCUGGCCUGCUGGUCCCCCUACCUCUGCGGAAGCACAGUUCCCGCUCAGCCCAAUCAAAACUGUUCGCUGCUCUGGCACCCCAAUGGUGAAACAAGCUCCCUCACGACGCCAGGACAGCGGAGUCACUGACCACCUUCCGGAGACACUUGAAACCCUACCUCUUUAAGGAAUACCUGGGAUAGUAUAAAAGUAAUCCUUCUACCCCCCACCCCCACCCCCACAAAAAAUACAAAAAUAAAUAAGGUUUUAAUUAAGGAUAGGGUUAGACAUAAGGUUAGCAGUGUGGUUAAGGUUAGGAUUAGGCAUAAGGUUAGCAGUGUGGUUAAGGUUAGGUUUAAAAUCACAUUUUAAGAAGAUACAUUGUAGAAAUAGACGGGGUUUAUGAAUUUGUGGCUGUGGUAACUAGUGGCGAUUAGGCACACCUCCGAUAUAAAGUGUUUUUUCUCAACGUUGCCGGGAUGUCACGUGUCCUACUUUCAUGUAUAUCAGUACACUCGAUUCAACCUAAUCAUUACGAAACUUCUAAAUAAGCCACGUGUAGCAAAUAAGCCAUUAAAUGUUUUGUUAACCAAAUUCGACACUCAUUGACCUCCAUAUAAAAACUCCUCACAAAAAAACACCACCUGCUGGAGAAGUCAGAUGGGCCCAGUUAUCCCUCUUGCUUCACCUCCUCCUCUCUGGCGCAGGCCAUGGAAUCUUUGAAUGGAAUGGCAAAUUAACAGAAAUACAAAGACAUUACGUGACUUGCCUCACAGUUAAAUAAGUUACUUUAAAAUGAGUCUGUACAAGUGAAGGCUUUUUAUAUGGACGGACAAUGUGUCUCAAACGGCACCCUAUUUCCUACAUCCUGCACUACUUUUUAUAAAGGGAAUAUGGUGUGAUUUAGGACACAGGCAGUGUCAUGUUCAUUGUGUACGUCCACUCAUCCCUGUGACCCUGUCUAACCCCUAACCUUUGACCUCUAACCCUCUGACUGUAGCUGUCCAGGAGGAAGUUCCGUACGGCGGCCAUGUUGUCAGUGUUCGCCGUGUCGGCCUUGGUCCAUGAAUAUGUCUUCACCCUGGGCUUCGGAUUCUUCUACCCCGUAAUGUUCUGUCUCUUCGCUUUCUUCGGAGGUGAGCCACACACACACACACACACACACACACACACACAAACACACACGUUCUGCCUCUGCACUGUCAUCAGAAGUGAUCCAGAGCCAUAGACUAUAUGGUCCAGUUUCCCGGACACAGAUUAAGUCUACUCCCUUUAAUAUGCCUUCAAGAAUACCUCUGUGAUUAUACACUGUACCUGCUCAUUAUUUGUUUUGACAACAGAAAAUGGUUUGAGUCUCUCUCUCUCUCUCUCUCUCUCUCUCUCUCUCUCUCUCUCUCUCUCUCUCUCUCUCUCUCUCAGUGGCGUUCAACUUCACUCUGAACGACAAGAGGCAGAGUCCUGUGUGGAACAUCUUGAUGUGGACCUGUCUGUUCAUUGGCCAAGGGGUCAUGGUGUGUCUGUACUGCCAGGAGUGGUACGCCCAGAUACACUGUCCUCGCACUGGGGUAGGUAUCACCCACAGACAAACAUUAUAUACCAUACAUACAUGUUUACAUAUAUUACGCUGGGUUACGUAUCACAGUUAAUUGUGAUCAGUUCCUCUUGCUGCAGGAUUAGAAAACACUGCAGUACCCAGUACAACGUUAUGACAGCACUGCAACACUGCAGUACCCAGUACAACGUUAUGACAGCACUGCAACACUGCAGUACCCAGUACAACGUUAUGACAGCACUGCAACACUGCAGUACCCAGUACAACGUUAUGACAGCACUGCAACACUGCAGUACCCAGUACAACGUUAUGACAGCACUGCAACACUGCAGUACCCAGUACAACGUUAUGACAGCACUGCAACACUGCAGUACCCAGUACAACGUUAUGACAGCACUGCAACACUGCAGUACCCAGUACAACGUUAUGACAGCACUGCAACACUGCAGUACCCAGUACAACGUUAUGACAGCACUGCAACACUGCAGUACCCAGUACAACGUUAUGACAGCACUGCAACACUGCAGUACCCAGUACAACGUUAUGACAGCACUGCAACACUGCAGUACCCAGUACAACGUUAUGACAGCACUGCAACACUGCAGUACCCAGUACAACGUUAUGACAGUGCUGUCAGUCCUCGUAAACCACAUUAAUCUGACUGUGGCACAAAUACACAAAUCUCUGUUUCAGUCUCUCUCUGUUUCAGUCUCUCUCUGUUUCAGUCUCAGUCUCUCUCUGUCCUCAUCACUUUCACACUAGUCUCACAUGCAAGCAAACACCCACACACACACACACACACACACACACACACACACACACACACACACACACACCCAACAGGUCACACGUGUUAGCGUGUGGACAUGGAUUCUUUCGAAAGUCUGAAGAUGGGGUCGUGACAGGGGAUUACCAUCAUUAAUUCACCAGAUGUGGGGUCCUUGGGUUGGUAUGCCAGAUGGUCAGAUACUUCUUACAGCACAGCACUGUACUCCGUUAAGGCUCAGCACCCAACUAAGGCACGCUCCAAAGCCCACUGGGACUUCAUUCGCAGUGUCACACAAUGGUUUACAUACAAAUACAUGAAUAUAAAAAUAGAAACAGAGCUGUAAAAAUAUAUAAAAAAACUGACAAACUGCAGGGAUAUGAAGUUAAUUGUUACACUCGUCUCCCGAGUGGCGCAGUGGUCUAAGGCACUGGCUGUGCCACUAGAGAUCCUGGUUCGAAUCCAGGCUCUGCUGUAGCCGGCCGCAACCGGGAGACCAAUGGGGCGGCGCACAAUUGGCCCAGCGUCGUCCAGGGUAGGUGAGGGAAUGGCCGGCAGGGAGGUAGCUCAGUUGGUAGAGCAUGGUGUUUGCAACGCCAGGGUUGUGGGUUUGAUUCCCACGGGGGGCCAGUAUGAAAAAAUAAAAAAGAAUAAUGUAUGCACUAACUGUAAGUCGCUCUGGAUAAGAGCGUCUGCUAAAUGACGUCAAUGUAAAUGUAAACAACAGGCUGUCGGAGAUUAGAACCCUUUCCUGCAGUCAAAUGACCUCAUGGGUGGAAUGUUAUUCAUAUAUUUUUUCUAAUUUCAGAAUGAAUACACUUUUUUUAAUUUUUUUUACAGCAAAAAAUCUGAUGUUUCUAUGUCAAACGGUUUUGUUAUAAUUCUGUCUUCUGUGAUGUAUGUAAAGUGUAAUAUUGGGAUGCAAACUCAUAAUUGAAUACAUUUCAACUCUAUAUCUGACAUGGUACAGGUGUCUUCUUUUUUUAAAGCCUAUAACCAUGUGUGUGAGGUGUAUACUUUAGUUUCAGAGUAAAUUUGUUAAAGACUACCAAGAAACACUGCAGUAAAUUAAAACCACAAAAACAGUUACAGUGCUUUACAAACAGGUGACAAUGCUUUUCUAAAACGGUGUGUGUAUGUGUGUGAUCUCUCCCAAACAGGCUAGCUUCUGGGAGUUGGUGACACCAAGAUCCUGGUCCUGCAGUAACCAGGAGACGGCAGGAGGCGGCAGGUAGCUUAGUGGUUAAGAGGCGUUGUGCCAGUAACCGAAAGGUCGCUGGUUCUAAUCCCCGAGCCAACUAGGUGAAAAAUCUGUCGAUGUGCCCUUGAGCAAGGCACUUAACCCUAAUUGCUCAUGUAAGUCGCUCUGGAUAAGAGCGUCUGCUAAAUGACUAAAAUGUAAUGUAAAUGUAGCCAGGUCUGAGACCACACCAUGGAACCGACCUGCUUAAUCCAUGGAUUGAGACAUGGGGCUGUGUCUCAAAUAGUAAUCCCAGCUGUUCAACCCUCCACUUUGAACUUGGUGUCAAGGGGGGGGGGGGGUCGUCAAACCCAGCUGUAAACCUUGCCUUUGACCCUUGGCUAAAACAGAGGCCUUUUGAGAGUGUGAUUCGUUGAUAGAAUCCUGGAAGGAAACAAUAUCUAAUGUGGAAUAUAAACAGAAGCUUUAGUAGUAGAAGACGUGUGUGUACUGUGUGGAUGGAACAUGUUAUGUAUGGAUUGUGUAUCUAUGGAUGUGUUUAACUAUACUUGUGGGGACCAGAAGUCCCCACAAGAAUAGUAAACAAACAAACAUUUGACCAAAUGGGGACAUUUUUUGUUGGUCCCCACAAGGUCAAAUGCUAUUUCUAAGGGGGUUUAUGGUUAAGGUUAGAAUUAGUGUUAGGGUUAGAAUGAGGUUAAGGUUAGGGUUAGGAGCUAGGGUUAGUUUUAGGGUUAGGAGCUAGGGUUAGGUUUAGGGUAAGAGUUAAGGUUCGGUUUUCGGGUUAAGGUUAGGGUAAGGGUUAGGGAAAAUAGGAUUUUGAAUGGGACUGAAUUGUGUCCCCCCACAAGGUCAGUUAUACAAGACUGUGUGAACUGAAAUGGCAUGGGCAGCAUUCUGUAUUAUCUAGGUGUCAAGACUUCCAAGCCAAGGGACGCAAUUUUUAACAAAUUGUAAUGUUCUAUUGUUUAAAUUCGGACAUUCUCCACUGAGUUUUAUUGUUUUGUAAAUUCAAGAUAAUUUGUCAAUUGUGAAGACAUUUGUAAAUUAAUGCAAAACAAAAUCAUAUCACAUUUGCAAGUAUGCUUCAAAUGUUUGAUUUUCUUUAUUACGAUACUGUAUUAACACUUUUUUUGUUUUUACACUUUCUAAAGAUGUCUCAAUAAAAUAUGGUUAUAGAUAUGAAGCAAGAAUACCAUUUCACUGCAGAGAAACUCUAAUCUGCACUAACAAUGACAGGAACCAAGGGAAACAAGGACUACAGUGGUGAUAUGGGGAUUUAUUGACCUAACUGGUGAAACAUCUACUCCACAUCACUGUCCUCAUCUCCUCCACCUAGGAAUAUCUGAUCCAGCACUCCAGUCAUCCUAUGAUAGAGCAACAUGUACUGUAUUUAUUUACCCUACGUGCCCUGGUGUUGUUUAGUACUGGGCUAGAAUAACAGCCGCCCUAAACCCAAUGAAGCAGUCCCCAGGGCCAGGGGUGAAGAGCAUUGUCUGCAAUUUUGGACGUUGUGGCAUGGCAGCAUGCCAUGCAGUGUGUUUCCCAAAGAAAGACACCUCUAUAUAUAGUAAUUCUGGUUCAAAUCCGUGGCACAAAACAGUCCACCAUCUUACCUAGCGUGCAGGGUGCGCAUUGCGUUGACCGUUCCUCGGUUGACGUCCAUCUCCAGCAGGCGUGGGAUACAGCAGACGUUAGAGGGUCCGGCUGGGAUCUUCCUGGCCAGCCACAUGCAGUGCAUAGUCUUGUCUGCCUGCCACAGAGUCUUGUCUGCCUGCCACAGAGUCUUCAUAUUGCCCUGUUCUUUUUCCCUGUGACGCACACACACACACACACACACACACACACACAGAGAGACAGGAAGCAGAGGAUUACAUGGUGCUCUGUGUGGAAUGUUCUGCUGACAGUGUUAGCAGCAGAUGUGGUUGGGGGAUACAGGGCUAGGUGAGUUAGGAGAUGAUGUGGUUGGGGGAUACAGGGCUAGGUGUUUUAGGAGAUGAUGCAGGUGGUUGUCUUGGCACAUGAUUGAGAAAGUUAACUCUUAGUUUCUGCCUCAUGAUGUAACUGAUAUUGGGAGAAAUUAUUAUUGGAGGAUUCUAUCUAGAGAUUGAAAACUUUGAAGACGUGCAAUAAUUACUCUUAGUUUAGAAAAGUUCAAUUUACUUCAAGAUAAACCAAAAAGUAAACACAAGCACUGAGCUAAAUUAUGUGAUGUGGUGUGUUUGCGUGUAACCUACCUGUGGACACUGCUCCAUGGGUAUGGCUCAGGUAAAGGUGGGGGUAAGUGUACCAGGGAAGAUGGGGGAUGGUGUACCAAUGAUGACGGGUGUAGGUGUGCAGGCGAAGCUAGGUGUGUAGGUGGGUAUAGGUGUGUGGAUGGCGGGGCUUGGAGUGAAUAUGGGGCUAGACGUGCCAGUGACAGGGAUGACGGAAGAUUGGGGCUGGGACCGGGCCUCAGAGACCACUGUAGUUUCGUAGGCACCACCGUCAUGAUGGGAUGGGGCAGCUCCUGGCUGGUGUUGCAUGGGACCGGAGUGGCCAAAUGCAAGUUGUAG